GCAGCAGCGCUCAGAGGCAUCACAGCGAGCAGACACCGCGGAGGAAGCACGGCCGAGCUCGUGGUGUUUACAGCCCCCCUUGUUUGUUGUAAUAACGCGGUCAUGGCAGCUGGCAGAAUGCGCUCCACCCGCAGACUGCGCUCCUGGAUGGUGGAGCAGGUCAACAGCGGUAAAUAUCCGGGGCUGGUUUGGGACGACGACGCCAAGACGAUGUUCCGAAUCCCCUGGAAACACGCCGGGAAGCAGGACUUCCGCAAAGACGAGGACGCCGCCAUCUUCAAGGCCUGGGCCGAGUUCAAGGGGAAGCCGACGGACGGCGAGCAGCACAACCCGGCCGCCUGGAAGACGCGGCUGCGCUGCGCCUUGAACAAGAGUCCGGAGUUUGGCGAGGUGAUGGAACGAGCCCAGCUGGACAUCUCAGAGCCCUACAAGGUCUACCGCCUGGUGCCCAUCAGCGAGCAGGGUCUGGUGGCGCCGGAGAAGAAGAAGAGCAAAGAGAAACCCUGCAGGAGGCCGAAGAGGAGGAGGAGGAGGACCAGCAGCAGCAGCAGCAGCAGCGACUCGGAGAGCGACGACGGCGGCAGUCAGGCCAAGCGCAUCAAGAAGGAAGAAGCCACGUCGCAGCUGCGAAUCGAAGAACUUCUGCUGCACAGCGACGUCCAGACGGAGGAGUCGGCUCCGUCCUGCACCACCAUCGUACAGAAAGACGCGGUCCAAGAGAUCCAGCUGGACGUGAGGAUCGAGGAGAGCGUCCCGCCUCCUGCAGGAGUCCAGGACUCCUUCACCGUCACAGUUCUGUAUUUAGGACAAGAGGUCCACAGACGUCAGAUCCAAGGCACCGACGUCCGGAUCACCUACCUGCCCCCGGCGCUGAUCCCCCCGACGCCGACCGCCCUGAAGGCCAGGUUCCCGCGCAUCCCGCUGCCGGAGCCGCCGUCCACGCUGCCGGCCGGCCAGGAGCUGCAGGCGCUCUACACCCUGCUGCCCUUCAUGGAGAAGGGCGUGGUGCUGACCUCCACGCCGCAGGGCGUCUACGGCAAGAGGUUCUGCCAGGGCCGGGUGUUCUGGACGGGGCCGCACACCACCACGGAGGGCCUGAACAAGAUGGAGAGGAACACGGAGCCGGUGCUGCUCUUCAGCAAAGACGCCUUCAUGCAACAACUGGAGCACUUCCGGACGAACGGCGGCGACCCUCCUCAGUGCUUCAUCACUUUGUGCUUCGGAGAAGAACUGAGCGACGUCGAGGACCUGUCCAAGAAACUCAUCAUUGCUCAGAUUUCUCUACCGUGGGCAGAGGAGCAGGUCCACAGCGCUCAGUCCUUCUUCGACUCCAUCAGCAUCCUCCAGUCUCUGGCCAGUCAGUCCCCGAAGGGCGAGAUCACGCUGACGCUGGUCCCGGUGCCGUCGCCCGCCUCCGAAACCGUCAUCUGUGGGACCAUCUGAGGGACUUGAUACCAAACAAAAUACAAACUCACAGACGUCCUCCGUUGUAAAUCCAGAAUCAGAGCGGGGCUGCAUCGAGUUUAUCAAUCAUGGAUGUCAAAUUUACGGCUUCCUCCAAAUUUAAACCGAUAUUGAAGCACAAGUCGGAGGAUUUUCUGUCACCGCUCGGCCCCGAACAGAAAACAAUCAGCAGCACUUAUGAGAAAAAUCAAGUCGGCCUUUGUGAUGCCAGAAUGUUUUUUUCUUUAUCACUGGAAUUGAAAUUGUGAACUUUAACAUUAGACUUUUUAUACCCUUUAUAUUGAGUUUUUUGGGGGGUUGCACCUUAUCAGGAAAACAGAGAGCACUACAUGAAAACUAACGAGCCUUCACUUCCUCGUCCAGGCUUUUCCAAAUGUGAGGAGUUCACUUUAAAAGCAGUUUUCUAACCUGAGGUCCUGACAAAAAAAAAAAAAAAGGGACUGAUUGAAGAUUAACAGAUGAAAGAGCAGAAAAAAAAAAUGCUUCUGCUUCCUAAAAGUUCCUGUUUACUUACUGCUGCUCUGUUGCUUCGCGUUGGGGGGGAAGGAGUCGGAUACCAAGUCACGAUGAUGUUUAUAUUACUGCGCUACACAGGUCCUAUCAUGUACACGUCAUUUAAAGUAGAGGGUAGACCAGGGGUGUCGACAUGUGGUCCUCGAGGGCCGCAAUCCUGCAUGUUCUGGACGUUUCCCUUCUUCCAAC